GCCACCUGCCGAGCCACAAGCCAUCAGCAGCGCACUGCCACGACCCUAAGCUCUCUCCCUCCAGCGCCACCCCACCACCAUGGGGAGAACCACCAUGCUUCUCAUGGCGCUGGCCCUCGCCCUCAUCGCCGUCGCCCACGCGGCGCCUCCCACGCUCCGGAAAAGCCGCUUCCUCGCGGACAAGACCCCGCCGCCGCUGUCCUACUACGACUGCGUCAGGAAGCCCCCGUCGGUGUGCCUGGAGCCCGGGAGCCCCGGGAACACGUGCUGCAAGGGCACCUGCACCAACACGCUGUCAAGCGUGGAGCACUGCGGCAACUGCAACAGGAAGUGCAAGUACGGGGACACCUGCUGCGACGGCAAGUGCGUCGACCUCCUCAAGGACAAGAAGAACUGCGGCGAGUGCUCCAACCAGUGCGCCAAGUCCGUCAAGUGCGAGUUCGGCAUGUGCGACUACGCGGGGUGAUGCCGAUCCGGCCAUGCCCGCCAUGCGUGCGUGUGAUCGGCGGCCACGCAUAUACAGUUCUGCACCCACCAAGAAAUAAAAUCGGCAGUACGUAUAUACUACGUGAGUGCAUCUUAAGAAGUCCAAAUUGUUUAAGGUAUUUCGAUUGUUGAUCUCCUCGAUCAUAUGUAUACAAAAAAAAGGGUACAAAUGAUUUAUACGUCUCUCUGUUCGUCUCAUGAUUUACGUGUUUUAUUUGUUGGACUACAUACUAUAAAUACAAAGUUGUCACGUGGUAUUAAUAAAGUGAAUAAUGUUGUAAUGUGUUAUACAGCAUAUAUAUCAUUUUUGGGGUACCCUUAGCUCGAUCAAUACAUAUGUAUAUAUGGAUUCCUUUUUAUGUAUACCGAAUAAUGGAAACAUUUUCAAUGAAUGUUUAUUUG